AUGGAUUUUCCAGCGAUGAAACCCCAUGAAAUCCAAGACAAGUUGGGUCUCACACGAAUACGGGACAGGAACUGGUACGUUCAGCCAACUUGUGCCGCUGCCGGGGAUGGGCUUCAUGAAGGACUUUCCUGGCUCAGCAAGUAUUGGACAGGACGUGAACUGGCGCGUUUCAUCGUUCUGUAUGCGAGAGUAUCGACUAGAAAGCACAAGAAGUGGGAAGGCGAUGGAAUUUUGAUAUGUUACGCGAAUCUCGCUCUACUUAAAACAGAGGACGAAAAGGACGUUAUUAGU